AUACGAUGUGAAACGAACCGGUCACCGUUGUGGAGCGGCCGGUGAUUGUGUACGAAUCAUUUGCGGUGCAGCUGUCCGGGAGGCAUUGCAGUCGAGAAAAAAAGCUGGAAUUCGGCGAGCACGCAGCAAAACACUAAUAAAAGAGGGCCAAUGGUGUGACCAUGAGUCUCCGAAGCAGGGGCGUUGGUUCCGGAGACCUGUGGCUGCAGUGGUUCUCGUGCUGCGUCACCCAGCACCAGAGGCCGCAGCCCAGAAGGCCGAGGAUUGACCGUUCCAUGAUUGGAAAUCCGACGAAUUUCCAGCACACAGGCCACAUUGGCUCUGGUGACAUUUCAAGAGACACCGGCAGACUCAACGCCCUGCAGAGCCAGAUGCAGAGCAAGGGAGGCUACGAAAUGGCUGUUAAGGCUUGCUAGCUAUGACGAUUGAAAGGAAGACUUGAGCACAAACAGCACCGUGUAAAACUACGCUCAGAUGUGAUCUGAAAAGGACGCAGUCAGUGUUGUUGUUAUUAUUAUUUGAUAGAGUGUGAUCCCCGGCUGAGAAAUGUAUUUGAUGUGCAUUUAAAAAAAAUUAUGGUUGUCUGACUUUUGGUGUACUUGAAAAUUGUGGAUGUUUGUUUAUGUAUUGAUGCAGUGUAAGGCCAUGAAAAUAAUGUAUUACAAUAGUUGUAUUGAAUCCCCCCAACAAUAGAGGCUAAGAAUUAGAGAA